CCCCGGAAAACAGCAAACCAACCAGAAAACCUCAGACUCAGAGCAUGGAGGAUCCCUUCCGGGCAUGGGAGACGCAGAGAGCGACGAACUGGCCAGAAGCUCCCUCAGUGAACCAGAGCGCUUUUACUCGAUACACGACACUCACCCAAGAGUUCCGGCCGAACAAUCCGGUCUCUGUAUCUAACCGUCCCAACUGUAACAAGAGAAUCAUAGAGUUACUGAGAGCGAUCUCAAAUGCAAGGAGCAAAAGCAGAGAAUCUGAGACGGAUCGUUGCUACAGACAUAUGAUCAGUGAGCGUGUCAGGAGAGACAAGCAGAGGCAGAAUUAUGAAGCUCUGCAUUCCAUCCUGCCCCCUGGCACAAAGAAUGAGAAAAUCUCCAUUGUUCGAGCUGCGACUUCGUAUUUACAAGAUCUGGAGAAGCUGAAGGAAGAACUAGAAAAGCAGAACCACGAGCUCGGAGUGAGCUUAGCAGGGAAGGCCGACCAGACGCAGGAUUCAACCAAAAAGAUUAGAUUACAGGUUUGCAAUCCAUCUUCGGCAAUCGAUUCCAUGGUUUGGGUUCUUAGAUGGUUGAAGAGUAUGAACUUGAAAGCAAGAAAGAUCGAAUCGAAGUUCUCUGUGCAGGAGUUUUCAGCAGUUUUGGAAAUCGAAACCGAGAUCGAAGCAGCGGCUGUGGAAAACGCCAUGCAGUGCGCUCUGAUGGAAGUUGAGAGGAAGCUGGCAGUUGAUUUUGUUGAAAGGGAAGAAUACAGUGGGUCACAUUAAUACAACUCAUGAUUGAAGACAGUUUUGAUCAAUUAAAGCAAGUUGAAAUAUUAUUAUAUGUUGACAAAGAGAAGAAAGA